ACUUCAUGCGCUGCCAGCUCGCUUGAUCUAGCCAGCUCUACCGUCUCAACCCCACCAACUCUACCGUCGCUGCCAGCUCGCUUGAUCUAGCCAGCUCUACCGUCUCAAUCCCACCAGCUCUUCCGUCUCAAUCCCACCAGCUCUACCGUCUCAACCCCACCAGCUCUACCGUCUCAACCCCACCAGCUCUACCACCCCGUCAACUCUCCUACGGCCAGACAGCAUCUUAGCAAAAUGUCCCAACCACUACUGUAUCAAUCAGGUGGGGAAAUGGCAAUUAGCCCUGAAAGAACUUCUACUUCUAUGAAGCGAAAAGGCACUAGAGUCUCUCCUAUUCCAAGCGGCAAAAGAAUUAAAAUGCAGAAGCAUUUGAUAUGUUUUAAAGAAUUCGAGCGAAAAGUAGACAAAAAUGGGAACGUAACACUGUCGUGUUUUAAAAACUUUUCGUACGCUGAGUUGGUACAAAGCAUUCGUUGCAUUGAAAGUGAAGGCAAAUUGAUCAAAAUCAAGCUACAAAAACAAAUGCCGAAGAAUUUUUUUCACACUGAAAGUAGUGGAACCCUAGGCCUCACAAUACAGGACCUGCCCCUUGGGCAGGGAAAAAUGAUCUCUGCGUUAUUCCAAAGCAUCCCAUCAGAAUUGUUUAUGGACAGCACUGGAAAUGUGAAAAAAGUUUUGGAUGUGAGAAAGUUAUAUGAGGCACUAAAAAAGGAAAAAGAAGUUCAAAGCUGUGCUAAAAAUGUAUUUUUAUAUGAGGCGCUAAAAAAGGAAAAAGAAGUUCAACUAAGUUUUACAAAUUCUGAUUCGGAGGAGGAUGUAGAACAAGUAUCACAAACACAAGAAGAUGCAAGACCAGCUUUUCCCGAUCAUGUAAUUUAUCGUAUAAUCAAUUUACUUGGCGAGCUAAGACACUGUAUACGUAUGGCCCAAGAGAAAUUAUUCAGGAACGACGUCUCAAAAAGCUUACUAUUUCACAUAUUUAGUUUGGCAAAAACCGAGCUUAAUUAUGAAUCAUUCACUGCACAUGUGUCUACUACCAACGACCCUGAAAACCAGUUACUGGGUCUAUCAACAAUCAUUAAAAUACCGAUCGAUGGCGUAGAGGUAGAAACCUGCUUGGCUGGUGUAACAGAUGCAGCCAUCUUAGACAAAGAAGGGAAUCAAAUCUUCAUUGCAGAGGUCAAAACCAUUGGAAAAACGUUCGGCAAUCAUACCAUGGGGGAGGGGCAGCUACUUGUCUCAAUGCUAGCCAGUUUUAUAAACAGCAAAAUGAAGCAUCCCGUAUGGGGAUUUCUCCUGUCAAGUCAUAGUUUAGACAUUGUCCGUGUACGUCUACUGAGUGGAGAGGUUUUAGUGACGAAAUGCCCUAUUGGAUCAUUUACAAGCUUGAGGUGUCUCGUACCAGUUUUGAUUGCAUGCUUCUAUGCAAUGCAAGGAAGUCUGGAGUUUGAUUUUGUGAGGCACUGCAAGCACUAUUUGCUCGAUUCUCAUCUGAGAUAUGGACCCAGCAGCUGUGAGACUGAUCUGGUACCUGAACCCAGCAGCCGUAAGACUGAUCUGGGACCUGAACCCAGAAGCCAGAAUGUCCGAGCUCAGUCUUGCCAUCCAGAUAACGAAAUAGGCCUUCCGCCAUCACUCAACACGAACAGGGCCUCGUCUUCUGACGACCUGCCAGAGGCAUGGCAAUUAUUAGGGCAGCUCCUGCGGCACAGCUCGGCUCUACGAAGGGCUCUACGGAGAUUCCCACGCAUUCGCAGCGUGUUCUGCCUUGAUAGUGACUCCGAAGAUGAAUCCUCAGUCUCAAGGAAGUACGUCAGACAACACCCUGGAAAUGAGGGAAUGAGGAAAUUUGAGCUUACACAAUGUGCAGCUCCCCAAACCACACGUCACUGUGAGAAUAUAAACUGAAUGACUGAACUGCUAGUUCCCACCCCCAAACAUUCAGUUUAAUGUACGUAUAUUUUUUGCACUGCACGACAUACAUAGCAAUAGCUAUAGUCCCCACCCAAAAAAAUCAGUUUAAAAUAUCAUUUUUGCACUUAA